AUAUCAAUCAAUCGAUAAUAGUUGAUUUGAACAUUGUAAAUGAUUCCAAGUGUGAUGAAGGAUGAAAAAUUGUUUUCACCAAGGUAUUUAAUCAUUGAAAUAAAAAACCGUGUAGAGUCUCAGUAUCCGGGAAGUGACCCCGAAGACCCGACGAUACGUCUGAAUACAUUAAACUCUGUUCUCGUCACUAAAUACGGGACUACGUCGUCUACGUUUCUACGUGCAUUUUUUCAUAUCCAACAUUGACGUGGAAAUGGACCGAACCUUCGUCGACGAAGAGACCGGAGAGAGUAUCAGUCUUCUUCCAGCAUCCGAUUGCGAGAUUCGACGGCUUGUUACUUCGAUAAACAAUGUCGAAACGGGAGAGCCAGAGAUUAAUGUGGUCCGAAUCGAAACCACCAAAAAUCGAAGGAUACGCUUUCAGAUUCCGAAGGAAGUCAAGGAAACAUUGUCAGCUAAGGAUGGUUCCUUGAAAAAGAGUGAGAACCUAAUGGAAUUGGAACCAGUUCCUGUUGGAUCAUCCUUUGGCCAGAUAAAUCCAGUUUGUUUAUUCUUCCUCGCUAUUUUAUGUUGCCGCUGGUGUUUGCCUGUGUUGAUGUUUCUCGAGGUGUCGUUACACGUUUGGGCUCACCACAAGAACAAGGCAUUGAAAAAUGCCAACGUUUACUUCCGUUCUCCGUUCCACGCGAUAUCGUCCGAAUUUUGUGCACUUUGCCAGAAUGAAACGUGUAUGAACCGCGUUGGCAAAAUGCAACAGAUACGUAUGCACAAAUUUCUACGACAGUGCAAUUACAUGAAGAGAGUGGUAACAUGAACAACUUAUCGUUAUCGGAAAAGCGUUGCGAUUAUUCAUUGAACUUGUUAAUUGCUUGAAAUACUGAAGAAAAUAUUUCACGGGCCCAGCAUUGUUCCAUGCUGCCUCGAUGAAAACAUAUCGUAUUAAAUAUAUUGUAGUAUUGAGGAAGUAACAAUUACAAGUUACACUCGUGAUUUCUAUUAAUUUAGAUUUUGCCGUUCUAAGUUAAUCGAAUUUACUAACGAAAAAGUGGAAGAGAUCAAGAAUAGCAGUGGUGCAGGAAAAAAGUUUUAUAU